UUUGUCUUUACAGGUGACCGGACGAAUACAGAAGGAGCUCAGAUGGAGUUUAAAUCCAAGCAGUGGUUCGGUGCCUCGGUACGAUCUAAUGGAGAACACAUCCUGGCCUGCGCCCCCCUGUACCAGUGGUCCACCUUCGGCGUCUCUGAGCGAGAGCCGGUGGGAACCUGUUUCCUGAAGAAGGGGGACACCGUGGUCGAGUACUCGCCCUGCAGAUCAAGUGCCAACUCACCAGAGGGGCAGGGCUUCUGCCAGGCGGGCUUCAGUGCCGACUUCCUGAAGAAGGGCAACAGAGUGGUGGUGGGAGGACCUGGCAGCUUCUACUGGCAGGGUCAGCUGAUUUCUGACGAUGUCUCUGAGAUAUUUACCCGGAUUAAAAAAGACAAUGAGUUUAUCGCCCCGUACGCAAACACCCUCGCCACCAGGUCAGCCAGCGCUCAGUACGACGACAGCUACCUAGGAUACUCUGUGACAGUCGCAGACUUCAACGGCGACGGAAAGGAAGAUUAUGUGACUGGAGUACCUCGCGGGGAGAAGGCCCUGGGUUACGUGAACAUCUUCAACGGCCUCAACAUGCAGUCCAUGGUCAACUUCACAGGAACGCAGAUGGCUGCCUACUUUGGACAUUCGGUGGCUGUGACUGAUAUUAAUAAAGAUGGGUAA